AUGAAGUACACCUUCCUGCUGAACCCAAGCGCCCCCGCCCCGGCGCUCCAGGACGCCCAGAGCCUAAGCUCAUCGAGCCCUGACCACUACAAGAAAUAUAUCCAACCCAAGUGCCCGUCCUCCGCCGCCGCCCCGUCCCCCGCCACAGCCACGACGUCACGGCCUGCUCCUCGUGGUGGCCGCACGGUGCUCUGCUCCGCGCAGAGCCCCAUCUCACAGCUGCCGUCGGCCGACGCGCCCACCGCGUCCCCGCUCCUCCGCCCCGAAGCCGACUCUCGCAACCCUCUCUCCAACCCUAACCGUCUCCCUCCCUCAUAUCUCAAUCCGCCGCCGCCCCUAUCCCUACCCCCGCAUAGCCCAACCCAAUCCACCGUCGUCCUCUACCCAGAUCCCUCCCCGUUCCGGCGAGCCCGCCAUGAAUUGUCUGCGGGCGGCAACGCAGCGGGAGCAGCACGGGCUUCACCUCCCCGGGCCAUGUCUCCCCCUUCCACCACCGCUCCUUCUCCACCUCCUCCGCGGCCUCCCUCCCGGGCACCGCCCGACAGCAGCCUCGACAGGGACGACCUGGAUACGGACCCGGUCGCGGCCACCACAGAGGCCCUCGCCAAGGUCAACCUCUCUGACGACCCGGACGCCACCGCCACCACCAAGUCCGGCUCCAGCAAGCCCCAUCAGGUAGCCAGAGGCGGCGGCUGCGACGUGGGCAAGUCGACUACCUGUACCGCAUGUGCCGGAUCGCUACCCUCACCGUGAAGCACAUCGACGUCGCCGUCUCCAUCCUCUCCCGCUUCAUGGAGCCCAAGAAGCCCGCUAGCCUCACCGAGUUCUGAGACGACCACGCCUACAUCUCCGAGGUCCGUCUGUCCAAACACUGCUCGUUUCUUCUCCUUCCCCCUUGUCCUAGAUGAAACUAAAUGAUGAAUGAAUCCAUGGAUGGAUCUGACGGACGGUCAAAUCAAUCUUGUUUGCUUGCUGCGGGAGGGAUUCUAUCUAGCAUCCAAUUGACUACUUCACCUCAUCGAUCAAGCCAUGCUCUCCUCAUCAGUCUUUUAAUUUGAGAUCUUGCCUUGGUAGCUGGAUGCCUUGGUGCAAGACAUUCAAGGCCAAAUAAAGGAUGUUGUUCUCGGUGGAGUUGCGCUUGAGGAUGAGCAGAGAAAGAAAUUUAAUCAAAUCCAAUAGG